GCACGAGGAUCAAUCCAAUCCUCACUCACAAACACUUUCAAACAAACCAACCCCCAAACAACCAACCACUAUCACAAUGGAGUCCCUCAAGCAAGGUGUCAACUACGUCGCUGAGACCGUUCAGCAGGCCGCCUCUGGUGCUUCCAAGGAGACCAACAAGCAGGUCGCCAAGGACAGCAAUGCCCCCAUCGGCACCCGUGCCUCCGCUGCCAAGGACGCCCUGUCCGACAAGGCCGACGAGAAGACCCAUGAGGGUAAGGCCAGCGUCCACAAGGAGGCCAUCUAAGUUUGUCUUAAUCGAAGAACGACAUGAUACAGAAAUCACCUUCUGAAGACAUGGAUCGCAACGGCGUUGAAAGGGAAUAGCGUUGGGACUACAUAGGCUGUAUACACCUACACCUAAUACAAACAGUCAAAUACCACAAACUACUCAUUAAA